UUCGAAUCCCACUUCUGACAAAUACUUUUUUCAUCCCCAAGCACGAAUCAAAAUAUUUGAAUAUAUAUUUGCUGAUAGAACAGAACUUCCCACUGCUUGUUCUAAAUUCUUAAUGCCUUCUGAAUUAACAAUCAAAAACGUGUUGUCACCAAGCUAACCCAGCUAUUCCAUUAAAGUCAUAUCCCUUGAGAGGAUUAAAUAUAGUUUGUAUAUUUUUUACCAAUAAAAAAAAAAAAUCAUGUCAGAAGAACACCAAUUGCUCAAGCCCAUCCUAAUCUUAAGGGAAGAGGGGCCAGAUGCAAUUAGAGAUGACGGCGUCGGGAAUGAGUGCUCGAGGUCCAGAAAGCACGUUACAUUUAACCGGGUGGUGGAGUAUUUUUGCUAUACGGAAAAUAACACCAGCUGGAAGAGGCAGCUGAUUCCUGACAACGAUUUGAAGCAUGCCCCCAGAGUCGAAGACUUGCUUCGCAAAAAACUAAAACCAGUUUAUGACUGUAACCCAUCAUGACGGCCAUAUUGCAAAAGCAAAACCGAACAAACGGAAACCGCCAGCAGAAGUUGUUAGCUGAACGUGACACUUUUAACCUAAUUGGGGAAUAGACGGCUACGCGUGUCCUCCCAACCUAAGGGAUGUUGACCUGUCUGUUGCUUUUAAUGCAUUUCUCAUGUCCUAUGGUCCUAUGGUUGACAAGCAAGUGGAGCAAAUGGCCAAUGAGUUAUUCAUGAUAUGUACUUAUUUAUAUUUUUGUUUGUUCGUAUUAAAAGCAUUAGCACUAACUAUGCACUCACUUACGACUGUUUUGGCCUUCGAUUCAAAGCACGUAACUAGUGGCCAUGCAAUUUACAACUUUUUCUGUGUGCUGAGCGGAAGGAGUAAUCUGCAUUUGAAAUAUUUACAAUUGGUAAUGCCCAGCCAGUUG